UUAUUCUAAAUUAUUUGAUGCAAUCAAUAGCCUUUGAAAUUCACCAAAACCUACCCGUCUUUCUCUCUACAUCUAUCUGUUUCUCUCUCUAUAUAGUAAUAUUAUACUUUCUGGCACGUUAAACCCGGCUUUUUGAUGCUAGUGUAUAUCGAAAAUAAUAUUACUUGGAGAAGAAAGAUGAGACCCCGGAUUUACCUUUUCGGAGAUUCUAUCACUGAAGAGUCCUUUACCCAUGGCGGCUGGGGAUCUUCUCUUGCAAAUCACUUCUGUCGCACUAUGGAUGUGGUGUUGAGAGGGUAUAGCGGGUACAAUACAAGAUGGGCUCUUAAGGUGGUGGAGAAGGUGUUUCCACCGUCGGAGAGUGGCGGUGCUCCGAUGGCAGUGACGGUGUUCUUCGGCGCAAAUGACGCUUCUCUUCCCGAUAGAUACAGUGCCUUCCAACACGUGCCGGUUGACGAGUACAAGAAGAAUCUCCACGCUAUUAUCGCCUUUCUCAAGAAAAGGUGGCCUUCAGUUCAUAUUCUCAUCAUCACACCUCCUCCAAUUGAUGAAGAUGGACGUCUACAGAAUCCAUUUGUCGAGAACGAAUCAGGUCUACCUGAGAGGACAAAUGAGGCUGCUGGCAGAUAUGCUAAAGCCUGCCUUGCAGUUGCUGCAGAAUGUGGAAUUCUGGCAGUGGAUCUUUGGACAAAAAUGCAGCAGAUUCCUGGCUGGCAAAAAGCUUAUUUAAGAGAUGGUUUGCAUCUGACUCAAGGUGGCCAAAGUGUGGUAUUUGAGGAAAUAAUUGGCAGACUAAAGGAAGUAGGCAUAAGUCUGGAAACUCUACCAGUCGAUCUCCCACUUAUGGCCGAGAUUGAUCCUAAAGAUCCCAUGAAGUCUUUUGAGAAUUAACUUGGAAAAUGGGGACACUUUAUUGCUGGAUUGAGCUAAACUAACAAGGAGGCUAACAAGAGACCCCACAAAUAGGAGGGAGGGAAAAAAAUUUAUUCAAGCAGGACCCACGAUAUGAGAGAGGCAGGCAGUCUUUUUGUCAAAUAUAUUCAGUCACUUUAGCAUUUUCCAUGUUAUGAAUGAUAAUAUGUAAUAUUAAAGGAAAAAAAUUAUCGGUUGCAGUAUGUACUAUUGUUUAUAAAAUUAUUGUUUAUAAAAUUUUGAGAUC